AAAUCCUGAUCAAAUGGAUAAAUGCCAAUUUGAUAAUUUCUUUUUCACAAAAAGAUCAGAAACUUGUACAAUAUGUAUUUCUUCAAUAAUCUUUCAAAAUAUGGAUGAGGAGUACAGCGAUUCAGUUAUCCUUUGA